CGAUUGUCCUGCGAUGGACAAUGAGUUGCUUUUGAAAUGCUGUGAAUUUGCAGCUAGGCAUUUCUUAUACCCUCAUUCAAUUAAUGUCGCUAGACAUCAAUGUUUUGAUUCGUUUGACAAUGCUGGAAAGAAAGUCCUCUCUGAGAAGGCAUUAAAGGUCCAGUACAAAAUUGCUCGAGAGAGACUAAAGGCUUUGGGUCUGCAUUACGUCAAAAAGCAUCAGCAGUACGAAUCAACAGUGAGAUGUUUUCUACAGGUGGCAAGUCAAGGAGAUCAAAAGUUGUAUUUACUAUUGUUGCCGGGCGGGAGCCUCUUAUAAAGGACCUGCCAUGACCGUCGCACAAUAUUCUGACCUUAUGAAUAAAAAUGGAAGUACCCUUGAGGUGCACUCCCAAGCCUCGAGGAAAUAGGAGAUACUGAGUUGCUUACAAUAUUAUUGAGCCCCACUGAUCAGUUGGGAAAUGGAGCAAAAAUGAGUGGAGAAUGAAGUGGAUUGCCAUGAAACUGUUACUGCAAAGCGAUCGAGGACCCAGCUAAUAUCAGUGAAGGGCGACGAAGGG